AUGGAGACUGGGGAAAGCAACACCAGAAACCAAAGUUGUGGAGUGAUGAAAGAUUCUUCAUGGUACAGUCAAUUCAGAAAUGUUUCCAACCCUUGGUUGGCAAGAUAUGUGUAUGCCUUGAUUUUCCUACUGGCCAAUUUGUUGGCAUGGGCUGCACGUGAUGAACUUUCUAGCCUCACUGCUUUAACUCAAUUGAAGGGGUUAAGGAGAUGCAAGGUUGGAAAAGACUGUUUGGGUGCAGAUGGUGUUCUGCGUGUGAGCAUGGGUUGCUUUCUAUUUUAUAUGAUAAUGUUUUGGUCAACUGCUGGCACUUCUAAAUUGAAGGAAGGCAGAGAUGAAUGGCACUCAGGAUGGUGGUUAGUCAAGAUAGUUCUGCUGAUCCUUGUGAUGAUAUUCCCAUUUUUACUCCCUUCUGAGUUGAUUGAACUCUAUGGUGAGGUUGCACAUUUUGGUGCAGGGGUUUUCCUCCUAAUUCAACUAAUAAGCAUAAUCAGCUUCAUUACGUGGCUGACUGAUUGUUUUGGCUCUGAAAAAUAUGCAGAAAGAUGCCAAAUCCAGGUGAUGUUAUUUGCAACUAUUUCAUAUUUUAUCAGCUUGGUGGGGAUCAUUUUGAUGUACAUCUGGUAUGCACCACUACCAUCUUGCCUCCUCAACAUUUUCUUCAUCACUUGGACCCUAGUGCUUCUCCAACUCAUGACAAGUGUAUCUCUUCACCCAAAAGUUAAUGCUGGCAUUCUAAGUCCAGGCUUGAUGGGGCUUUACGUUGUCUUUCUUUGCUGGUGUGCCAUUAGAAGUGAACCUGCGGGAGCUGAUUGCAUCAGAAAGUCAGAAUCUGAAUCCACAACAGACUGGCAAAGCAUCAUUAGCUUUGUUGUUGCAAUACUAGCACUUGUUGUUGCAACAUUUUCUACAGGCAUAGAUUCCAAAUGCUUUCAGUUCAGGAAGAGUGAUCCACCAGCAGAAGAUGAUGUUCCAUAUGGUUAUGGCUUCUUCCAUUUUGUUUUUGCCACAGGAGCAAUGUACUUUGCAAUGCUAUUGAUUGGAUGGAACAGUCACCAUUCGAUGAGAAAAUGGACUAUUGAUGUAGGCUGGACCAGCGCUUGGGUCAGAAUAGUUAAUGAAUGGUUGGCAGUUUGUGUUUAUUUAUGGAUGCUGGUAGCUCCAAUCAUAUGGAAGAGCAGACAUGCUGAUACGACAUGA